AUGAAAAUCCAGUGCGACGUGUGCGAGAAGGCGCCGGCGACGGUGAUAUGCUGCGCCGACGAGGCCGCCCUCUGUGCGAAGUGCGACUUGGAAGUCCACGCCGCCAACAAGCUGGCUAGCAAGCACCAGAGGCUCCGCCUCGAUUGCCUGUCCACCAAGCUUCCCCGCUGCGACAUCUGCCAAGUAACACCUCCGACUUUUGCCCCCUGUUCUUAGCUAUUCCAAUCACGCGUUCGAUUUAAUUAGUAAUUUUGCCCUCUCGUUCUCUGUCUAUGUUCUUCGCAAUCGUUAUCCUCUUUCAUCUUCCACAAGAGGAAUGUGUUGGCCAGGAACUACCGGAGUACAAACAAACCUUGGAUCUAUCUGCUUGGCUGUUCGAUUUAAUCGCAGGAACCAUACUUGAUCGUAGUGCGCAAUUUUUCUUUUUUUUUGUAGCGUUUUUUAUUGAUCUUCUUUAGCCAUAAACACAUACAUCGACCCGUAGUUGGGUUAAUAUGGGCAAAUCAACACAGUCAAGAGUUGGGAUCAAGAACCAGCGGUCGGAGUUCUGGGUCAGUCCAUUUCUGACCAAGCAGUCUGGGUCAGCUGAGUUCUCCCAGCCUUAAGCUGGGUCAGCAGGGUAACUGGGUCUUCGAAAGAAAUGAUUUUUCUGGAGCACCAAAGUGCCCAGUACCUAUCCUCAUGAGACUUCAUACCUGGUGGGUUGUGUGUUCAUAGCUGAUUUCUGCACUAUGCAUUUUCCAAUGACUCUGGUGAGAAUUUCUUCAUGGGCAGAGAUUAUGUACUGGAGCCAUAGGUGAGCAUCUUACUGGAAAAAAUCCAGAAGAGGAAGAAAACAGCCUUCUAUAUGCGCGUAGAAAUAAAGAUUUUUGUUUUAUAUUUUUAUCACUAGUUGGGAUCUGAAAAACAGGUGGGGGUGAUCUUAGAAAAUGCUGCCGAGUAUGUUAAGAUUUGGUCCUGCUCGCUUAUAUCAACAGUAAUCAUGCUUAUCUGAACUUCGCCGCCAUUGUCAUCGUCAUCGUUCUUCUUUCAGGAAAAGCCGGCGUUUAUUUUCUGUGUGGAAGACAGAGCGCUGUUCUGCCGCGACUGCGACGAAUCCAUUCAUGUGCCGGGGAGUCUCUCUGGGCACCAUCAACGCCUCCUGGCGACGGGGAUUCGCGUGGCGCUGACCUCUGCGUGCAGCCACAAAGACGCGGCAGGCAAGGCCUUCACCGAGCCACCGAACCAGACGCCCCAUCCUCUCGCUCAGAAAGUUCCCACCGGCCAACAAGCUUCCUCUGAAUUUACGCCUUCUGCGUGGGCUGUGGACGAGUUCCUCCAGCUGUCUGAUUACGAAUCCAGCGACAAGGUAAUAUCCCAAGCUUAAAACCCUAUUUGGACCCGAUGGGCUUCGACGGGAUGAUCUCACGUCCCUAUCUGUUGGAUCUCACAGAAGGGAUCCCCCGAUAAUUUCGGAGAGCUGGACUGGUUUGCAGACAUCGGCCUCUUCCAUGACCAGGCGCCCAAGCAGGCCACAUCAGCCGCUGAGGUCCCUGAGCUGCCGAUCUCCCCGCCCAGCCAUGCCGCCGCCUACCGCCUGGCGAAGACAACACCCUUCAAGAAGCAGAGGGUCGAAGUCCUGGAUGCGGACGACUACUUCACCGUCCCUGAUCUGGGCUAG